AUGGCAAAAAACAAGAGGAAAAGAAAACUCAAAGAGCAGGACUUUCAAAAAGUGAAGCUGAAAGUUGGAAAGAAACUGCAACCUGCACAGAAUGCAACAGACACUUCGUUCAAGUCGAGAUCGAUAUUCAUUCCAACUCAACUUCAGAAAGACUUAGAGCCUACAAAUCAAAGAAAUCAAACCCUUAAGGUAUAAUGGAGUUACGUUAAAGAAAUUGAGACCUACUGGGUGUUCAAUUAUCGUAAUGUUGUGCCGCAUAGCACUGUGAAACAAAGAUUUCUCUUCUUACCUUGUUAAGGUCCCCUAAUUCCCUUCACAAAGACUAUAAACACUCGUUGGAGUUUAAAGCUCAUUUUUAGUCUCUGCUAACAACAAAAUUUUUGAGUUGCCAUCACGUAGUGUUCACAGUUGAGGGGUAGGGCAGUGUACUCCUUGGCAGGGUUUUCGUUAGGAAUUAAUUCCAGUAGCGGGAGAAAGGUGUAACGUUACAAGAGAAUAUUUUGAAAGAGGUUCCACAUCUGAAUGAAAAUGAGCCAUAAUCGGCCAAACAUUUGCCGGAGAAUUCCGAAUAGUUAAUGGGGACUCCACAACCUAAUGAACACCCUGCCUUGGAAUUCCUUGUAUAGUUUUGCUGCCCAGCUCCCGAAAUCCUGACCAUAUGUCAGACCAAACUGUGCAAUUUUCCAUGUCCAUUUUUAGAUGUAGCAGAUGUAUAAUGCAGAAUGGUAGAUAUAGAAUAGAUAUAGAUAUCGAAUUUUCCAGUAGACCGAUUACUGCCAUCUGUUCACUGCAAUAAUGUUAUUUCAUUUGUAAAGCCCAAGUCUGCUCAAGGCAGAUUUUAAUCAUCUGGCCCUGGUUGUUCAAACGUCGGAUAGUACUAUCCACUGGAUAAAUCACUAUCCAGCGGAUACGUAUUACGGGAAACAAUUGCGUUAUCAGCUGGAUAGUGAUUUACCCACUGGAUAGCGCUAUCCAACGUUUGAACAACCGGGGCCAGGUAAGUAUUGGGGAAACCACUUCCACUAUCCACUGGAUAAAGAUUUAUCCGGUGGAUAGCGCUAUCCAGCCUUUGAACAACCAAGGCCUGCAAAAUGGUAAUCUUCAUUCUUGACUUUGACACUAAUAAAGACCAAAGACUCUUAUAAGAGUUUUUGGACACCAUUGUCGACCAGGUUUUGUCAAAUAUUGUCCAACAAUAGACUGUAGACAUGCCACAUAAGCUAUGACAUGCUGCUGAAGAACAAGAAUUGUAUUUUUUUUCAUAGGACUUGCUUGCACAAGUUGGUCAUUACAGUGCAACAACAAGACAGGAAGCACUUGUUGGUCUGAAAGAUCUCUUUCAGUGUCAUGAGUAUCUCCUUGAAGAUAAUCUGGGAAUUAUUAUUAAACGGGUUGCAGAGAGAAUGACAGACAGUGAACCAUCUGUAAGACAGUCACUUCUUCUGUUGCUCUGCUUUAUAUUCCCAAUGGUACCACAAGAAAGAAUGGCCCCAUUUUCCUCACUUAUCGUAGCUCAUUUGAGCUGUGCCAUGACCCAUAUUUAUGAUGACAUCCAGCAUGAUUCACUUGGUUUUCUGGAACUAUGCCUCCGAUACUUUCCAAAUUUCAUGGUGACAAGUUCAGUGCAGUUAAUUCACAACUUCGUCGGUAUGAUUUCACAUCAAAGUUCUCCUGGGGGGAAGAAGUCAAAAGGAUUGCAACUUGCAGGUGGAAAAGGACUCUCAGUGAAUCCAAAAGGGAAGCUUUCUUCUCUUAGGUCACGCUUGAAAGUGUUGCAGCAGUUACUUGCAUUCUUAAAAGCUCUGGAAUUAUCAUCAAAUCCUCGUCAAGAAAAUGGCACCUUGUGUUCCGAGAAAAAUGGCUUGUCUACUAGAAAACCUAUUUUUUAUUUCAGUAGAACCCAGCCAACACAAGUUCAAAUAUUACAACAUUCUGUUGAUGAGCCCAAAUUUAUACCAUUUCAACUGGAUGACAGUUCAACAUUUAGUCAAUCACCGAUGGGGAUUGAUGGUAAAUCCAAUAUCUUGACUGAUGAAGAACAAGCAAAGGACUUUAUGGAGAUAAUUGUACCCUUGUUAUUGGAGUGUUGGAUUGAGUGCAAUCCUGCUGAAAUGACAACUGGCCUACAAGACAGUGUGUCUUCAUCAGCCAUUGAUGUGAUGCUGGCCAUAGUGGAAAUUUUCAAAGUUGUCUUGAAAGCAUCACAGAACAAUCAAUGGAAGAUUUGCAGCAUUUCUGAGCACAAAUCAGUUGUCAUUUGCUGGUACGAUAAAUAUUUGAAAGGUUUCAAUCACCAUUUUAUGACCUACUUUCCAUUUACAGCAAAUCCGACGCCGUCAUUCAAGAAAGGAAAGAGAAAACUUGGAAAGUCAUCUCAGCAAGUUGAAGGUGAAAACCGCAGUGCAUCAGUAUUAACCUUGAACCUUAGCAUUUGUGAGAUUAUGCUGCAGUUUUUGAGCAAUGGUGUCGCUUCACAGAAGAAACUCCAACUAUCGGUCAAGAAGUUGGAGGAGUUUGUUAUUGAGUCCUUGCAGUUGAAGGCCCUAGGAGGUGACAAGGCACAGUUGUUUCAGACAGAGCAUGUUGAAAGUCUUGUCAAAUUUGCAGAGAAGAUUAUUACCCAUCACUGCUCCAGUGAUCAAAAAGGUAAUUCAUGCAUACGGUGGGGAUUGGAAGAAACACACCGAAUCAAUACCAGGAGCCUCCAGAAAAAUUUAAGUAGAAGGAGAAAAACAUUAAGUAGGAAUCAGGGGAGAGGGGGGCUCAUAUCAGUGCAACACCACCCUUGCUUCCAGGCUACCCUGCUUUUAAGUAUUCCAUCUGACUUUUGAAGUCUCACUUCUUGCAUUGUGCUUAAAUUUUAGACAGAAUUAGAUAGAUGACUAUGACUGGGUAGAUGACUGCAGGGAAGGCAGGGAGUUGAAAAACGUUUGUUUUGUUCUUGUUGUUGUUGUUGUUUUUUCUAUUAAAACAGGCAGGUUUCAUUCUUAUAAUUUAGUUGCCAGAGAUUAUCUCCAACCAUUUGCCUUAAGUGACAGGCUAUCUAGUUCAUGAAACACUUGCCACUUGAACUGUUCUGGAUUCUUAAGUGCCCAAAAUCAACCAACAUACAUGUAUUCAAGAAAAAGAUCGACUUAAAAGUAUUGUUGCAAAGUUUUCACUUAAAUGGUGACAUCACAGAUUUUUUCACAAACUCAAAAGUUAAAGCUACAUCACAUUUCUAACAUAAUCAACUCUAUGUGGAAAAUGAAAGGUAAUAGAUUAAUCACAUCAGACAGUAGUGUGUCUCCUCGCAUUUGUAAAUUAAUUAAUCAUCCUUACAAUAUUUAUGGUACUUGCAUAGAUUAUUGGAAAGUAAGUGAGAGGUCAAAAGAGGCCAUUUUGUAAUGUAUAAAACUACUCUGCAGAAGUUUAAUGUUUAGGUGUAUUUUCCCAUCGUAUUUUCCUUUCAGAACAUGACUGUGGCAUUGUCAAGGAAUUACUUGAUGCAAGUUUUGUCUUGUACCAGUCAAGCCAUAUCAUGUCUGGGACCAAGCAGGUGCUGAUGAUGUUCUUUGCUAACCUUGCAUUCUCUGAGAACCUCAGUUUGUCAAGGUAAACUUGGGAGCGCUUUCACUUCUAAUAGCAGCAGAAGAAAAUUUAUUUCUUUUGUAAAAUCCUAAGAAGUUAACAUUGCUAUGCAAAUUGACUGCAAUAAGGGUUUCAUUUGAAUGGCCCUUUAAGCCCCAAUAUCCACAUACAAAUUCUCCAAACUGAUCUCCAUACAUCUCCUUUAAGAAUUAGUUGAGAGAAUUUGAUAAAAGAUCAUGGAAUUUUCUCUAUGAUGAUCAUUUUAUUAAUUCUCAUAACUCAUAACAGUGUAUGGAUAUUGUUAGGAGAAAGUUGUUGUUGGUCACUAUUGGGACUUAAAGGGUUAAACACAACAGGAUUAACUAAGUUAACUAUAAAAGAUGACAAAUGAAAAUAACUUUGUCAUGAUGUUGUCUAGAAGUAAAAGGUUAAAAAGUGUCAAGAAUAAUAUACUUUGCUAAAUGCGUGAAAACAUCUCCGUUUACCAACAUUUCUGUAGUACAGAUGCCUCCCUGUUACAGGUGAGAAUCAGAUAGAGAAACGUGCAAGUAAGGCUUGAAUUUGAAUGAUGAUUCUCUUACAACAGAAAUGAGGUGCUGUAUGAAUUGAUUCAGAGAUGGCUUGCUGGCAUGCCAAGUUUGUUAGUGCAGCUUAAAAGCAACAGUCCUUCCCUUACUGAACUUGUUCUUGGCAUUCUGAAAAAAGCUGUGAUGCAACAACGUUUGAUCCUGGAGAGCAACUUUUUUCAAUAUCUGGCUGCAUUUUUCUGUAAGUAGUGUUACACUGUAAGCUUUAUUUAAACUAAAAAUUUGUGACACAGUUAUCCAACUAAAAAGACGUGUGUGUUGUGUUUCAGUUUUAUUGUGGGUCAAAUGUUAUUAAAUAUUUUUCCUUAUUUCAAGGUAAUUUACAGACAUUAACACACUCAAACUGAGUAAAAAGGAGAGUAAUAAAUACUUAAUAUGAAACAAAGAUAAAUGAGGAUUAAUAAAUUGAGCCAUAACAUCAACAUGUACAUGUAUCUUCAAGGGAAAGCUGUGGUUCCCCCUCUCCCCCUCCCACCCUUACCCAACUUAUCAAAAAAUCUUACAUCAUUAAUCCAACAUAAUUAUUCUUUUGAUUUACUUUGGUCUAGGCUAAUAAACCAGACAAAGUGCAUCGUGCACAACCCUUGGUCUUUGGUAGGAUGGGGCCAAAGGCAAUCACCCCUCACUCACAUAUUAAAACUGGUUAUGGAAACAGUAAAUCAUGACAGGAAGGCUGAUUAAUUUUCUUACCCCCAUAAUCCCCAUGAGGGCAGAAGGAUCUGAUUAUAAUGUUGAUGUUGAUGAUGAUGAUGGUGGUGGUGGUGGUGACAAUGAUUUUAGAGCAAAACAGCUUAAAUGCAAACAUUCCAAAAAACCUGCAAGUAUAAAGAAGUGUUCUUUUUUUGGAGUCAAGCCACCCCUCUACGUUUGUGAUUGCAUGACUUGUAUCUUUGUACAACUUUUGGUAUGCAAGCCAUGAGAGAUGAAGGUGUAUGAUUACAGUGGCCCCAUGGGAGAGAGCCCACAACUCCCAUGUGGACCACUCAAACUUAAUUCAUGGGUCAACCCAAAUUAGAUAAUUAUGUCAGACUUAUAGUUAUUAAUUCAAACGUCAAUUUUUCAUGUACUUGAUUGAUGGGAUUAGGUUCAGUACAUGAAAAGUUCACAGUGUGAACUGGGCCUUAAGCAAUCUAGCGACAACAAGACAAACUGUAUUUCUGAGCAAAUUUUUCUUUUUUUUCUCUCCAGCUAAGACCAAUGGUCCAUUUGGAAGCCUGAGUGAAACUGUUCAGAGAUCUGCCGUGGAGGUGUUGUUUCAUCUCCCAACACUGGAUGGAGAAUUGUUUAAAGUAAUAGUGACUUGUUGCCAAGGAGGUCAUGUCAGUGUCUCGGUUGUGAAGUACAUUCUUCAGGUCCUUCAUUACAGGUUUGUAAAGUCUUGGAUAGCCUAAGAAAAAAAGCCAAAAUUUGGCAACAUCACCACUGGUUUGAACAAUAAUAAAAUAUAAGAGCAAUAUUAUUAAUCUUUAUACAGGGAGCUGAAUUUGCAAAGAGUGAUAUUCAGUGAGGCCCUGUAAAGUGAAAGAAAAAUAAAUAGAUAAGGGAAUACUUCAUAGUAACAAUAAUAUAAGCUACAGGUUAAAAAUGUUAAAAAUUGAUACGUCGAAGCCAUUAAUUUUAGAGAUCCAAAACACUUUCUCAAAGCUAAACUUAGAAGUCUGAAUCCUUACAUCUAAUUUGACAUUGAAGAAGAUGCAAUGCACAAACUCUUGUUAAUCAAGCAAAAACCUAAAUAAGUUGAUUGAUUUUGCUCAAUUUUGCUAUUUCUUAGAAAAAUUUAUCAUGAGGGGCAUCUACUAGACAAGAAGGGUUUAUUUGAGAGGGGUUGUCUAUUUAUGGUAAUAACAAUGUCAAAAUAUGAGUGGUAUUCUCUUACACUUCUCCUCAGGUCUCCUUGUUACAAUGGAUGUUUGUCUUCUCCGGCCGCAUUUUCCCUACCAUUAUAUCUUAGUGGCCUGCUAAGUAUAGCAGUAGGUAAGAUGUAAAAGGAAAAAGGAACUAUGAAUUAAAAUUUGGCUUGAGUGCUGCAAUAAGGAGGGUCUUUGGAAAUGUCCAAAGAGUUCCAAACAUCAGGAGCAAAGUUUAAAGUUGUCCAUUGUCCCCAUCUUUGAGUGCCAAAAGAUGUAUGAAUGUCUGCUUUAUAUCUGCUAUUCCAGUCAAAUGCUGCUUUAUGGACACCCAGUCAAUACGGAGACCUCAUUAUUUACAGACAGUUUGCUUUGUCCCUGGGGAAAGAAAGCCCUUACAUUUUCUCUAAAUUCAGUGUCUGUAUUAACGGCGAGGGUUUGACAGUGUAGUUAUGAAAAAAUCUAAAAUCUUCUUUUGCAAUGGUUUGACACAUUUCACAUUUUUGUUUAGUUGUUAGGGUUGGCCAAAUAAAACAUGGCUUAAAAUGUAGUUUUGCUAGCCAUCAGGUUGUGGCUUUUUUCACCCAUAUGUGAGCCUAACCAUUGGGGUAUACAUAUUACACUAUUAACAAAGGAACUGAGUGAUAUUGUGGGAAAAUAUAACUUUGCAUUAUUUCUUAACAACAGCAUCGUGAUAUUCUCAGUUUCUAUGAAUUCUUCCUGAUACCCUUGUAAUCCUGGUUGAUUUGGAUCAUAUUCACUCUGUUUACCUUCAGUUGAUCCCCUGCCAAUAUUAUGCCAUGGAGGAAUUUUUAUCUUACUUUGCCCCAUUCUGUUAAUUCUCUCUCAAAUUCCUGUAAUAAUUUUACUAUUCGUUGGUUAAAGGUUUUUCCAGACAGCAGCUGGGAGAAUAUCAGGAUGCCAAGAUAGAGGAGAAGACCCUCCUCAAGCUUACUGAAUUGAAGUGGGUAUUUAUACAAUGUGCUGUUUAAUUUAUAUUUUCCUUGUCCUUUAUGAUGCCUACCCCCCCAACCUUCCCCUAACUCUACAGACAGCUUUUCUUCCUCAGAUUUCAGCUUAUCAUGUCAAUUUAAACACUGGUUAUAGAAAAUUAUUUUAAAAAAUUAAUCCCUUUCUCUUUCUCCUUUUCCAUCUAUAACAACAGAGAAUGUAGUUUUGUUAUCCUGGAAGAAAUAUCGCAGGUAAAAAUAGUGACUUACUUUUCAGUGUACAAUGGAGCCCGAUUACCGAGAUCAGGCUCCACGGUACACAUAUUUUGUUGACUGGCCAAGCAUUUCAAUUUUGUGUUCAAAAUAUGAAUGCUUGAUUAUUCCUGAGGUUGUUUCCUUUAAUUUACAGACUGAGCAAAGUGGAGUUGAGUCGCCUGUUCUUCUGCAGAGUGAUGAACAUAUGCUUGGAGAGGAACAUCAAAUUAUAUUGCAGGUACAUGUAGUUUUAUUUUCACAUCAGUUUCCUUCUGCUUUCUAAGAACCCAUCUACACAGUCCAGAUAAAUUUUGGAAUGGACAAAAACUUGAGCGGAUGCAGCUUUUUUUUAAAGGGACCCACGGAACUGGGCAUCUUUUUGACAUGAUCAGAAGUUGGUCAACAUGUUUGGCCGGUUUAGUUCCACUUUUAUGUAGACUCAUGCUAACACCUGAACAGCUGACUUGUUUCCAGUUGUCUCUAAGUUGUCUCUACUCAUUAAUUAUUUACUAGGGAAGCGCUCGGGUUAUGCGCGCGGGGAAGAUGGGAAGGCGAGAGGAGGCACACUAACUUUUAACUAACUUCUCCCUUCUUCCUUCCCGUCAUCCCCUUCUUUAAAGAGCCUGUUCUAGUCUUCCACGCCAAAUACUAAUAAUGAGAGACGACUGGGGAUGAGUCAGCCUGAAUAGUGCAAGUUUUUGCUCAGUGUGUGCAGUAAAAACCUGGAGCCUAGUCACAUGGUGACACGAGCCGCAAAAAUUUGUACAGACUCUUGUUCAUAAACAGUACUGCAACAGAAUUUCCAGGCUGUUGUGUAAACAUGUUGCACAAGUAAGAAAUUCCUCCAUUCAAAAAUUUGUGCAGACCCGUGUUAAACAGGGUCUAAAUUGCUGUAAUCAUUGUCUACUUUGCAUCCAGUCCGGUAUAUUAUUAAUUUUCACCGACUUUCACUGACUCUUGUUGUCAAGUUUGUCGCUCAAAUUUGUUUCCAUUUUAGGCUGUUUGUGAAUGCUACAAACAAAGUAAACAGUCCAACCUUCUGUUACAGUACAUGACUUCACCAAUGGAGACAUUAAUGGUGAGAUUCCUUUGUAGAGGAACGUCUUUUCUAUGUAGGGCUAAAAGUGUAUUAUUUUGCAGAAUUGAAAUGUCUUGCUCAUUAUGCCAGCUUGUUACUAAUUAUUCAACAAUGAUUUUCCACAAACACUGCUGAUUUCAAUAAGCAUUAUUUUUGCUUUCUUCAGAAAGAUUUCAAAGUUCUUCCAUUGUCAUCAGUGCAUAGCCUUCUGUGUAUCAUAAGAUGGUAAGUGUCUUAACUAACUUGAUCCACACUUAGGAUUUGUUAACUCAAAAAUGAGCUUUUCUUGUGGGGUGAAAUCAUUAAGUGUAACCGUACACAGUUACUGUAGUACUGUUUAUUUUCAAUAUGCUGUAGAUCGACAGUGCAUGGCUCUAGCCUGCGAACGCAGGCGUAUUUCCGGUCGUCGCUUCUCUCCACCCGAAAAGUUACUUUUCGAAGCUUGACGACCAGAAAUACCUCUGCGUUCGCUCAGACGCUAUAUGUACAAUGUAGAAGAGACUGACACAACUGCAGCUCAGUAUCCAUCCUCGUUAACCUGUGAAAACUGCGAAAGAGGUUUAACUUGAGUGGUAACACCAUAGGCUUUCGUUCACAGAUUUGAAAGUUAAUGUGACAAAUACUAUACUCUCGCCAUAACGCAGUUUAGAAGUGGAAACGUUAAUUUGACGGUUUUGGUGAACUCAUGUGGCCUUUUUUUAAUUCGUGAGACGUUUCUUUGGAGUAAAAUUAGGGACUUUUCUUUCUUCUGACUUAAAAAAUUAAUGUUUUGUUGUUUUCAUGCUUAGCUUAUUGGAACUAGCUGCAGAACCAGGAUCUACGAGCAGGAGUCACCUUUUGCCGGCGAAGAUGAUGUCAAAUCUUGCCCAACUUUGCCUGGUUUGUUUCCAGUACUCUACCACCCAUGGGUCAUGCACUGAGGGUCUUUCUGGGGAUUCUUCAACUUCGAAAAGACUGCUUUUUGAUGCAGUUGUGCAAUUGCUCCUCACCGAGCCGGAGAUAAUCAAAGAUAUGCUUUCACUUCUGUUCACGAUCGUCUCUGGUAAGGGAGAACGAGUGAUUAGAGAACAACUGGGAGUUAAUAGGUUGAAUUCAAGGAAAGUGAGACCUCUCUUAUCAUUCGAAGCAAAUUUUUCUUUCUUUUUAUUGGCCGAGAGCCCACCACGUGACCUGCAAAUAACUACCUACAAAUAAUGGUCUGCUCAUGCGCAAUGCCGUCUAUCUGUGCUGCAAAUAAUAUUCUGCUCCUGCGUAAAGGAAACCGUGCUUUUCUCCUUCUUGCAAUCGCUCUUGCGUGAAAAUGGCAGAUCGCUUCGCUUCCCAAGGAUAUUCAUUAAAAAAACAAACUCGGUGAUCGAAUGAUAAAACAGUUAUUGAACUCGGUUAUCGCAAAAAUAUUGUGAUUUGUCAGUGUCUCGCAGAUCAAUUAUUUGCCGAAGCCGAAGGCUGAGGCAAAUAAUUGAUCUGCUCGCCACAGACAAAUCACGAUAUUUUGCUCAACCUCGUCCAAUAAUUGUUAACUAUUUGAGGAAAGAAUUUAUUCGAGUUAGUAUGUAUUGACUGUUUCUUGCAGAAAACUCUGAAUCUGUGAAGCAGAACAGUGCAGCCAUACUCACUAAGGUGUUAAGCUGUGACUUGAGAAAGAUCCAUCUUCGGUUCGCGGAUAUUGUGCAGCAAAUUGUGUCCCGUAUCUUGGUAAGAAUUUCUCCCCAGAGCGCUUGCUUGAAACUACCCUCAGCUUUUAGUAACUAUAAAGCGUUAUUUUAAUAAUCUAUAAUUACGCUGAAUCAACCAAUUAGUCCGCCAUAACUUAAAUGUUUUGGCAGAAAAUAUUGACAUCAAAAUAACUUUGUCUAAGCUCCUUGACAUUUUUAAUAUAGUUGAACGUAGUUCACUUUUUGAUUUUUUGUUUGGUUGAUUGCUGGCGAAUUUGAUUAAUUGAUUAAGUGGCUGAUAAUUAUCGUAAAUUAUUUUUCAGUGCCCGGCCGAGCACCCUGUGUCCCAUCUGAGCCAGUGCUUUGCAGAUCUUCGUUACCAGUAUUCUUUAUUCAAAGUGGAAGCGGGUUUAAGUUAAAGCGCCACACAUCCCAAGUUUGAUGGAUUUCCACAUACGAGUUCUCGCGAAAACGCGUAAAGUGCAAUCAUUGUUCACCGUGUUCCUGCGUCGUCUUCAAAUAUGUUGCAUUGAAAUGGAAACUGUAAUAAAGUUUUCAAAUUUAAAACGGC